UAUAUUCCCCACUCAUUAAUUUUUUUUUUUAACAGAAGACGAGCAGCUUCAGCCAAAAGGAGAAGACAAGUAGCUUCGACCAAAACGAAACAGCAUCAGCAAUGGAGUUUUUCCAGAAAGCUAAAGCUAUUCGAAUGCGUAACAGCCACAACAAGUAUCUAUCAGCAGACGACGACGGAGAAACAGUGACUCAAAACAGAAACGGUUCAACCAAAAACGCUCAGUGGACCGUCGAACCGGUUCCCGAUUCAUACACUGUAAUCCGUCUUAAAAGCUGUUACGGUAAAUACCUAACCGCUUCAAACGAGCGGUUCUUGCUCGGAGGCACGGGGAAGAAGGUGGUUCAGUUAAAACCGAGUGGACCCGACUCGUCUGUUGAGUGGGAACCGGUGAGAGAAGGCUCCAAGAUCAAGCUCAAGACGAGAUACGGUAACUAUCUAAAAGCUAACGGUGGUCUUCCUCCGUGGAGAAACUCCGUCACGCACGAUAAUCUUCAUUUGUCGGCUACUCAUGAUUCCAUCUCGUGGGAUGUUGAUGUUGUUGAGUUCCUGAUCAAUCCUCAAGUGACGGCGGAGACAGAGCAGCCUCUGGAGCAUAGGAGGACAUCACAUUCGAGAACGUCCUCUCUUUCACUGAGAUGUGAUCAAAGUUCGGUUGUGUAUCCACCAAAAUCGGGUGGGAGAACGAUUUACUACCAUAUAGUUGAUGAUGAAGGACACGUGGGAGAUGAAUCAACCGUUGGAUAUGCUUGCACAUUUAAAGGGAACAGCGUGGCCGAGCUAACUCAGACGCUGCGAGAAGAAACGUGCUUGGUGGAUGCUGUGGUGUGCACUCGCAGUCCAUUAGAUGGCAAGCUGUUUCCCCUCUGUUUGCAACUUCCUCCUAACAGUGGAACAUUGCAUGUCGUUUUAGUACCUUUCUGUGCUAGCAUCUAGACGUGAAGUAGAAAAAGAAUCUACCAGGGUCAAAAUUUACAUAUGCAAAAUUACUCAACUAAUGAAGGUGGUCAGACCAUGAGAAUUUAAACAAUUAAUCAAAAUAUAUAACAAUUAUAUGCAUAUAUUAUAUCAAAUUCAAAAUUUCACAGGGGUCAAACUGACCCAUGUGAUCCUUCGUUGGCUCCGCCACUGAGUAUUAGUAUCCCAUAUUGUUGUAAAUGUAAUGUUUUCCUAGUAAGCAGUUGCAAUCGUUUUUAUUCUCA